AUGCUAAGUGUAGUAGAAGGCAUCUUCCUUUCUGUUGCAAUUAUUGAGUCCAUCCUGGGAGUUUUAGGGAACGGGUUUAUUGCACUUGUGUACUGCAUUGACUGUGUCAGGAAUAAGCUCACUAUUCUUGGCUUUAUUCUCACUGGCUUAGCAAUUUCUAGAAUUUGUCUGAUAGGGAUGAUAAUCAUACAAGGAUUAAUGCACAUAUUGUCUCCAGAUAUCUAUUACUCUAUUAACCACUUUGAAUAUAGUAGUUACAUGUGGCUAAUUAUUAAUCAAUCCAGUGUCUGUUUUGCCAGCAGCCUCAGCAUCUUCUAUUUCCUGAAGAUAGCAAACUUUCCCCACUACAUAUUCCUCUGGUUGAAAAUGAGAAUUGGUAGAAUUCUUCUUCUUCUGAUGGGAUUCUUGCUUAUUUUAUUGUUAAUUAUACUUCCACAAGUCAUGAAGUACUUUAAUGAUAAUAAAAUGAAGAGCAGAAACACAACCUGGCUAUUCAACAUGCAUAAAAAUGAACUCUUUAUUCAAAACCUUUGGCUAAAUGUCGGAGUCAUCUUCUUCUUCACACUAUCAUUAAUUCCAUGCUUCCUAUUAAUCAUUUCCCUUUGGAGACACAACAGGAAGAUGCAAUUGAACAGCACAGGAUUCAGAGAC